UGUGAUGCUGUCAGCCCCAUAUUACGAUCUCAGAGCCGAGGAUCCACACGGGGAAAGUGAACUGCGUGUCCGGACCAGAGACUGAACCAACCGAACAGGCCUCUGUCAUCCUUCUCAUUCCGUCCAAGCCCCUGUUGAAGUCCGACGCACGGUGUGACCUUUGAGCUCUGCUGAGGUGAGCUGACAGUAUUAGACAGACAAACAGCCAGACAGGCAGACUGUCCUCUAGCUGCCACCAUGGGCUCCAUAGCCACCGCUGCCACCCUGCUCUCCUUACUGCUACUGGGAGCUGUGACGGCCAGACUGGACACUAAGAACACCAAGACAGUGUUCCUGGACAAGCAGGAGGCCAGUGAGGUGAUCACCCUGUCCCGCCAGAAGAGGGCCAACGUGGGCAACGAGGAGAGCCUGCUCCCUGCCAACCUGGAGAGGGAGUGUCUGGAGGAGGUCUGCAACUACGAGGAGGCCAGGGAGAUCUUCCAGGACUCCUACCGCACGGAUAUCUUCUGGUCAGUCUACAUAGAUGGGGACCAGUGUGCAGAGAAGCCGUGUAAGAAUGGAGCCAUGUGCUCAGACAGUGUGGGGGGAUACGACUGUGUCUGCAAGUCAGGCUUCUUUGGAGUCCACUGCGAGACAGAUCAGACAGUAUGUAUGUUGGAUAAGACCAAGGGAUGCAGUCAGUUCUGUAAGCCAGGAUACCAGUCCUAUGAGUGUUCCUGUGCCCGUGGCUGGAAACUAGAGGAGAAGGAGAGGGUGAAGUGUAUUCCUGCAGUGACAUUCCCCUGUGGGAAGGUGAACAGCCUAAGCCAGUGGACAAAGAGACAGUCAGCCAACAUCGCCAGCAACUUUGAGGGACUCGCCUGCAACUCUGGAGAGUGUCCCUGGCAGGCCAUUCUGAAGAGUGCAGAGUCUGUAGGGUUCUGUAGUGGUGUCAUUCUCAAGGAGAACCUGGUUCUAACUACAGCCCAGUGUGCCCAGAAAUACAUCAACUUCCAGGUGGCUGUCGGCAAGCGCCAAACCGCAUCUGAAGACGGCGAACAGACGAUGUAUGUCAGAGUCGUCCACGUCCACCCCCGUUACGUACCCGGUCACCCUGACAACGACCUGGCCGUCCUCGAGCUCCGCGAGCGCAUCGUCUAUAAGAAACACGUGGUCGCUGCCUGCCUGCCUGAACGCGACUUCUCAGAGGUCGUUCUGAUGACCGGCGAGUACCCGGCAGUGGUCACUGGCUGGAAGGACCCUGUGGACGCCACGGAGGUCCAGGGCCCGCUCACUCUCAACCACCUGGCAUACGAGCGUCUGCCCCAGUGUGUGGAGAGGCACCCAGGGUUGGUCACCAACAAGAUGGGUUGUACGACAGUAAGACCCAAUGGUGACUGCAUCUUGGGGCCGGGGAGUCCCAUCCUAUCUCUCCACAGGGAGGUGUUCUAUCUGACCGGGGUGGUCUCCAGACCAACAGGGGCAGACUGUCGUCAGGGUUACAUCUACCAGAAGGUGUCCCGCUUCCUGCUUUGGCUGCAGCCCCUCAUGGACUCACGCUAAGGGGGCUCUGAAUCCCAACUCAACCCCUAGCCCCCACCCCCUAUGCAUUAGGGUAGAUCUGAGAGGAUUGGAAAGAUGUCCUUUAAGCUAUAUGGCGGCAAUUCCUGUCUGGCCUAUCAGAAGGCCAGAUGGAGCUACCAUCAUAUUGCUUAUACCAGUCCAAUCCUUUCAGAUCUAUGUAAGUGCUUUGUGGGUAGAGACUAUGAGUUGAUUUGGGAUUUAGGGGUGGUGAUCAGGGGGAUGGAGGGUACAGGGAAGAGAGGGAGAGGUUGAGGGGGUUAGGAGAAUACGUGUGAGAAUUGAUGGUAUUGGACAAAGGCGUAAAUGGAUAGGGAAGAGAAGACAGGGAGAAGGGAGGUGAGGAUAUUGUAAUACUGGAUAGAGGUGGAAAGGGAUAGGGGUUGUGGGAGGAGAAGAGGAGGGAGGGAAGAGAGCUGAACAGGAGCAUGAUGAAGGACUGAAAACACAAGGUAAACGGAGGGCCAGAGAAAAAGGGGGAAAUUGAGAUGUAUUCCUUUUGUGUAACAUACAUAACUCUUAUCUUAGGUCUUUUUUCAUUGGAAUGGUCUGGUUUUCCAUAUGGCUGAUGUCCUUUCCUUAAAUUAUUCCUUGUCAUUUCAGAAGAAAAAAAAAACAUUUAGGCCUAUAAGUUGAAUUCCAUAUAGAAUAUGAGUUCUAUAAAAAAAAAAAAGUGGUAUUGUUGUCACCAGGGUUGUGUUCAUUAGUCACCAAAUGGAAGAAAAUUGACUAAAACAGAGAGGGUUUACCUGGAUCUGUCCUUUAUGAACUGCCAUUUUCAAAAACGUUUGCACGUUGUGUGCCCUUAUGCAGUGGUUCCCAACCAGGGGUACUAGGACCCCUGGGGGUACUUAGCCUAUCCACAGGGGGUACUUGAGAAGACUCAUGAGACCAUAGGCUUACUGGUAAAAUGCACUUGCAGGGGUAAUUCAGGGGUACUCUAGGCAGAGCAAAAUUCUGUUGAUGGCACAGUAAGUGAAAAAGGUUGGGAACCACUGCCCUAAUGAACAUAACCCAUAUCUGUGUAGUUCUCUGUUUAUCCCGCAAGGUGGCGGUCUUUCAUUAAAAUACCAUUGUCUCAUGUCCUACCAAAUAUAGUACCUGGCUGACUGCAGCUAGACUAGGGGAACGUUAAAUAAUGCAGCAUGUUGUGUUGCUCUCGUCUUACUCUUAACUGAUGUUGUUAUUUUUUUGGGGAGAGAAGGGUUGGUAAUUGCACUGUAUACCUUUUAAUGUUAGUCACUUUACUAAGAAUGUAUUAAUAAAAGUUAACCUCUGA